UUAGCAGAGGCGUCAAGAGAACCCUCAAAGUUCGCGACGCGCCCUCUCGCCGGAAUCGCUUCGCGGUCGUCACUCCAGUGUCUCCGAAGAGGACGGCGACAUCCGUACAAUGGAGCGAGCGCAAGCAGAGACGGCGACGGUGAUGCAGCCCUACGAGCUCUCUUACUCCGAUCUCGUCCUCCUGUCCUCACCGCCGUCGUCGCCUUCUUCCUCGUCGGAGGCGGAGCUUCAGCGGCUCGAUUCGAUCCGGAGGAGCGUGAUGGAGGCUCUCGGCCCCGCCGGCCCCGGUCUGCUGUGCGUGAGGGACGUAGCCGAAGCUUCCGCUCUCCGCCGUAAGCUCCUUCCUCUCUCUCGCCGUCUCGCUCUUCUCGACCCCGAGCGUCGCAGGCGCAUUCUCCAGGCUCAUCAACUGGGGACUGAUGUUCCCAAGAAGGAUCCCUAUAGGAGUGUCUCCUCUUUUGCUAUGCAACUGAGAUAUGCUCAAGGUGCAGAGCUUGCUCAAAGCAAAGCAAUAAGUAACAUGAAUAGUUUAGAUUCAGAAAUGGACAAUCUUAACUUGGAUAUUACAAUGGAAUUUCAGGACAAAGAGUUUGAUCAUCUUGGAUUUUUCUUCAAGAAGCUAGGUUCCUUGAUGAUGGAACUCGGGCUUGGUCUUGCACGAAUAUGUGAUGGGGCCAUUGGUGGCCAUGAGUUAGAACAAAGCUUAGUGGAAUCGUGCGCUGCUAAAGGCCGUCUUAUUCACUACCAUUCAAGGGCAGAAAACCUUGUUCUCAAACAAGAUGGUAGAAGACUCGGAUCCAAGCAAGGAAUUGCUAAACAAAAGAAGGUAGAUGAUCAUGCUUUCUGUAAUGGAAGAGAACCACAGCCAAUUCCUCAGAAGAAGACAAAUGGUGGUGAAGGCAAGUCUUGUGGGUCCAAUUCCAAUCUAUGGCAGCAGUGGCAUUAUGACUAUGGCAUUUUCACUGUUCUAACAGCUCCUAUGUUUCUUUCACCUGCUUUUCCACCAGAGCUGAAUUCCGAUCGUGAAACUUCGGUGGCCAGUGUUGAAGAGGGCCCUUACCCGGAUGGUCUGACAUACUUGCAAAUUCUCAAUCCCAUUAGGAAUGGUAUCUUAACGGUGAAGACAUCUCCUGAAAGUUUCAUAAUUCAAGUGGGUGAAGCGGCUAAUGUCUUGUCCAGGGGGAAGCUACGCUCAAGCCUUCACUGUGUGCGCAGACCACCAAAAGUUGAUAAUGUGAGCAGAGAAACUUUUGUUGUGUUCUUGCAGCCUGCAUGGAGUAAAACUUUAUCUCUAUCUGAUUAUCCGAUGGAUCAGUUAUCAUACCCUGAAGUAGCUACUGAUAAUAUUUGUCUCACUGAGCAAAAAAGGACGCAACUGAUUGAUGAAAUCCAAAAAACAGUUCCUCCCCUUUUCUUACGAUUGAAAGAUGGGAUGACUUUUGCUGAAUUUUCGCGGGAAACUACGAAGCAAUACUAUGGUGGCAGUGGCUUGCAGUCCAAUAGAUUGUCGGAUCUUUGAUGGUGAUUUACUGCAUAUUUUCAGCAUAACAUUUGCUUUGUCAGAUUUUCUCCCUUUGAUGUGCAUGGGGAUUUUUUUCCCUCAUAUUGUGUUACCCCUCUUGAUAGAUGCAAGGCUUUAUACUGACAUUCUCCCUUUCAAACACCUGGAUAACUGAAUAUUGUCUAAAAACACUGUCAGAGAUG